AUGCUUCAAGUGCGUAGGGAGCUCACAAAAAAGGUCGAACCGGGCACAAUUGAUCUGGUCACAAUUGAGCUCAAUAUCCGCAGCCUCUGCACUCUGACGGCCACCUUGGUAGCUCAAACACUGAAAUAUGGAGCGGAUAAAGAAGAUGAGUAUCUGUGGAGGAGAAAAUCAAAAGAGCAUGUGAAGGCUGUGGUGGCAGCGGCCCACGGAGGCAAAAAUGAAGCCUUGAUUUGUGUCAUUAUUGAGAUGGCCGUGGCGGAGGCAUUCUACUUCCGAACAGCCCUGAAGCCAGGUGAUAUGAGAUUAGGGACACACUUGGAGGAAUAUCUUUCCGAGUAG